UUCCAAAAUACGCCGAGAGUAUUCCUGAUGGUGAAACGAGCGUUGCUUCAUCGAACGCAGCUAAAGAAAACAACAUCUAUGUAGUUGGUGGUACGAUGCCUGAAAUAGAGGGCGCUAAAUUGUACAAUACCUGUACUAUUUGGGGUCCCGAUGGAACUUUGAUAGCAAAACACCGAAAGGUACAUCUAUUCGACAUCGACAUUCCUAAUAAGAUUACUUUUCGAGAGAGUGAUUCACUCAGUCCUGGUAACUCCCUAACGACGUUCGAUGUGAAGGGCUGCAAAAUAGGUAUUGGCAUUUGCUAUGAUAUUAGAUUCGAGGAAAUGGCACGCAUUUAUCGGAACAAAGGUACAGUAACUUAAUCGAUCAAUACUUAACUAGCAAAAAAUUAAAUAUCUUUCUUAAAUAUAUUCUAUAUAAAAUUAAUAUAAUCUGUAACUCUGUAUAAAAAGAAGCUUAAUUUAAAAAAACCAGUAUAUUUGCUGAAAAUGAAACAAA